AAAAAAAACAUCCACUGACCUUCCACUGACAUUCAGGAUGCGGACUCCAGCGGUCUUCAGUGGAUCCUUGCUGCUCCUGCUGCUGCUCACCUGGGUGUGCACCGAGGGCCACAGGCCGGUUAUCAUCGUGCACGGCAUCUUUGAUGGACCCAAACAGUUCCAAACUCUGAGUCUCUUCAUUAGCAAGGUGCAUCCCGGCACGGAGGUGACGGUUGUGGACGUGUACAACAAUAUGUGCAGCCUCCAGCCGCUGUGGAAGCAGGUGGAAGGUUUCAGGAAGGCCAUCGAGCCCGUUAUGAGGAAGGCUCGCGACGGCGUUCACCUUCUGUGCUUCUCCCAGGGGGGUGUUAUUUGUCGAGCGCUCCUCUCCACGACGCCCGACCACAACGUCCACACAUUCAUCGCGCUGUCCUCGCCCCUGGCAGGCCAAUAUGGAGACACAGACUACCUGCAGCAGGUGUUCCCUGACAGCGUGAAGAAAACCGUCUUUCUCAUUUGCUACAACAGCGUGGGACAGACAGUGUCCAUUUGCAACUACUGGAACGACCCUCAUCACAGGUCCAGUUACUUGAAACACAACAACUUCCUGCCGCUGCUCAACGGCGACAGACCUCACAAAGAGAUGGAAUCCUGGAGGGACAACUUCCUGCGCAUCAAGAAACUGGUUCUGAUCGGAGGACCCGACGACGGCGUCAUCACCCCGUGGCAGUCCAGCCACUUUGGAUUCUAUGACAGAGAAGAGCACAUUGUGGAAAUGAGGAACCAGGAGUUUUACAGGAACGACACGUUCGGACUGAAGACGCUGAACGCCCGUGGAGAUGUGUCGCUGUGCCUCCACUCGGGAGUGCAGCACAUCCACUGGCACUCCAACUUCACUGUGUUCAGCAGCUGCAUCGAGAAGUGGCUGACUUGACUUGAACGCACCUUCACACUCUGAGGAGAAGACACACAUCAUCAUCGUGUGGACUCGACUGCCGCCAACAUUGACGCACACGAUUGAUACUGCAGAGCUGGGGUGCCCAAAGUGCGGCCCGGGGACCAUUUGCAGCCUCUGGCUGUUUUUUUUUAUUGGCCCUAAAAAUAUAAUUUAACAAGAAAACUAAAUUUAAAAAAAACAACUCCCAGCGAAACUUAAAAAAUCAUCAGUAAUUUUUUAUAAGAAUAAAGUUAAAAUAUUAAAACAAAAACUUUGUAAUCCAACAAGAGAAGGUCAAUUUCAUGAGCAUCACAUGAUGUUUAUUUUUGAAAAAUGUCUUUGGAAAAUCAGGUUAUGGAAAAAGUUACAAUGCAAUUUUUUUUCUUUAAUAUUUAAACUCUAUGCUAUUAAAAUUACCAUAUGUUAAAUGUCCUCAUAAUAUUACAAGUUUAUUCUCGUGAAAUUUUUUUCUUUUUUUUCUUGUUAGAGUACAUUUUUCUCUCAACAUCUUGACCUCAUUCUCAUAAAAUUCCAGCUGUUUUUUUCCAUUUCUGCUGUUUUAUUUUUUAAUUUUCCAACUAAUUCAACUUUCUUCUUAUUUUGUUUCUCAUAAUAUUAUGACUUUAUUUCCCAUAAUAUUUUGACUUUAUUCUCAUACCUUUACAACUUGUUCCCAAACCUAAAUUUCCCAAAAUUACAGCUUUUUUGUUUGUUUCUCAUAAUAUUACGGCUUAAAAAAAUCCUUUAAUAUUUAAACUUUAUUUUUCCUUAUAAUAAAUUGAAAAUUUAUGAAAGGGCAUGUGUGUUUCUCCAGCUGCCUAGAGGGCGCCAACACUCAAGCGUACUGCUGGCAUUAGAUCCCACCUCUUCCUGCUUUGAGUAAGCUGAUGUAACACAGGCGUGCGCAUUACUCAAGUUUAUUGUCAGGAAAUGAUUAGUAUUUGGCAAAGUUUAACUACUCACAUUAGCGCUCAUGGAAUGUAUGCCUGUCAUAAUAACAUGAAUGUAAAUUGUUGACCACCUCUCUGAGGCUGCUUUGGUGUAUGUGCGCACGCCCGGGACAUGUAUGUGAAUACCAACAGCUUUGAGUGACAGCUAAGUUAUUUUAUCUGUGAGAAAAUACAAAUUUAUGACAAUUUUUAUGCAGUUUCAUUCGUUAUUGUGAAUUUAGACAUUGUUUGUACAAAAUGUUCUUUUAUACCAACAACUGGUAACACAUGCUAGCCGGUGGUGGUGUUAUACUUUUGGCUUAAAAAAAAAGCAAUUUAGAGCGA